CGCUCAAACUUUUUAGUGCGCUCACGCUUUCAUGUGUCCAGACUUGUAAUCAAACAACUUUGUCCAAACUCGUUGUGCUGCGUGGAAAAAGUUGCCUGCGCAAACUAUGUGCGCCGAUUGCCCAACUUCUUGCGGGGAAAAGGACCCUAUCUGCCAAGUUUUAAACCCGGGUGCGAUGGCGUCGCAAACGAAGCCAGACUCGGGUCAUCGUGGUGAAGGUGUUUGUCAGAGAGGAUGCGGGCUUCUGCUGUCCGACAUAAACAAAGGGGAGCACUGCUGUGUGGACGCGCUCCGCUCAGUUGCCGAUGCACUGGAAGAAAGAAGCGCAACUUUGGAGCACGAAGCCCGGAUGGCGAGACUCAGGUGGAACAGGAGGGAGCAGUCUCUGUUAGCCCAGGUGUCAACACUGCAGAACGAGGCUCAGCUCACCGCUCUCAAGUACCAGCGGAGACUGCACCAGUACAUGCUGCACAUCAACAGCAUUGCAGAACAAGUCAUUGGGUACUUCAAGAGUGAUUUGAGGACAACGGCUGACACGCUGAGCAACAUAUCAGAGAAAGCAACAUGUGUAGAUGGAGAGCCACAGACGCCAGUCAAAGAGCCUGAGGUGAAUGGGAAGGAGUUGUCCAAGUCCAGCCAUGAGGAGACUGUGGAGGCCUUUCGCGCUGCCAAGGACCCCGUCGUGGUGCAGGUCAUCAGGCGGACCCCCAGUGGCCGCCCUCAUGGCCCCCCUCAGGAAAUCCAUGUGGUGGAUGUGUGCACUCAGACCGACAUCACCUUUGAACACAUCAUGGCGCUGGCAAAGCUGCGGCCUUCGACCCCUCCCGUGCCUGACGUCUGUCCCUUCCUUCUCUCUGACAGCUGUCAUUCUCUUCACACAAUGGACCAGGAUUACUAUGAAGGGACAGACUACCUCUCCCCUCUUCCAGCUGAUGGAGAGAGGACAGAGGAGUUCGAAUAUGAGGAAGUGGAACUGUGUCGACUCAACAGCCAAGAGAAAUUGGGGUUAACUCUGUGCUACAGGACAGAUGAAGAGGAGGAUGUGGCCAUCUACGUCAGUGAGAUCAGUCCAAACAGCAUCGCUGCCAGAGAUGGACGUAUCCGGGAGGGGGAUCGUAUUUUACAGAUUAAUGGCCAAGAUGUACAAGACAGAGAGGAAGCAAUGGCUGCCCUCUCCAAUGACGAGUGUAGGAACAUCGUACUGCUGGUUGCCAGACCUGAGAUGCAGCUGGAGGAGGCUUGGCUGGAUGAUGAGCACAGUGAGUUCCUGGAGCAGCUGAAAAUGGAAAUGCUGGAGGAGCAGCAGAGAGAGGAGAUGGAAUUAGCUGCUUUACAGGAGGAGCAGGAGAAUGAACAGAGAGCAGAAGAUGAUAAGCCCACCUGCUCCAAACUCCCUCAUCAUAAGGACAGUGUACUGAGUAUAAAAGACAAAAUGGAAAGCUCAGAGCAUAAUGUCCUGGCACACAUCCAGAGACGUCUAUCCCAGUGCCUGAGAGACAAUCGGGACACACACCGUACUACUGGCUCCACACAGCUAGAGGACAAAGACGAUGAGGAUGAUGAUGAGACGGAGGGUGAUCGUUUCCAGCAGCUCUUGGAGCUGAAGUGUCAAAUUCGUAACAGUGGUGAGUAUGACCUGUUCUACAGCCGCCGCAGCACCAUUGAGUGCAGCAUGGGGGAGCAGGGCGGCGUACAGCACGAGCUGCGUAUGCUCAACGAGGAGCUGCGCAGCAUCGAACUUGAAUGUCAGAACAUCAUGCAGGCCCACAAGCUUCGUAAGGGCCAGCAGUCUCCCUCAACAGGCCGCUCUGCACCCUCCACCAAAAACCAAAGUCUCCACCGCGGCGAGCCCACAAGGGGUAAACUGGCAGACAUUAAUGAGAGGCUGGAGAAAUCGGACAAGGACAGCUCCAGUGCCUAUAACACAGCAGAGAGUUCGCGUAGUACCCCUCUGGCAAUGGACCGCUCCCCGGAACACUCACUCCAGAGGAUGGUCAGUCUCACCAACCAGAGGAAUCUCUGCAGCAGCCUUGCCAGUGGUCACUCUCUUAGCCCGAGCCCCAUCCCUGCAUGCCGUGCUCCAGUCCCAGGCAAGAGCAGCAGUCCUGACCACAGCAAUCCCUCUGAGUCAGACCAGACACCUCAGGCUGAGGAGGAGAGAGGGGCAUUAAAGCCACAUGCUUGCCAGAUUCCUUACUUCUCUCCAUCCCACAGUUCCCAGCAGAGGCAGGCCAACAUCCCGGCUCAUGCCCGCCACUACCAGAGCUACAUGCAACUGAUCCAGCAGCGCUCAGCUGUAGAGUAUGCUCAGAGCCAACUCAGCCUGCUCAGUGUGUGCAAAGAGCCUCAGAGGCCCAUUAAUGAGCCCAAGAUGGAGUGGAAGGUCAAGAUCCGGAGCGACGGCACCCGUUACAUCACCAAGAGGCCUGUGAGAGACAAGAUCCUGCGGGAGCGAGCCCUAAAGAUUAAAGAGGAGCGCAGUGGGGGAAUGACCACAGAUGAUGAUGCAAUGAGUGAAAUGAAGAUGGGAAGGUACUGGAGUAAAGAGGAAAGAAAGCAGCACCUGGUGAGAGCAAAAGAACAAAGAAAAAGACGAGAGUUCAUGCAGCGUAGUCGGCUGGAAAGCUUGAAGGAGAAUCCUCAGAGCAGCAGCGAGGGUCGCAAGGAAGUCAGCAUUAUAGAGCUCAGCCACAAGAAGAUGAUGAAGAAACGCAACAAGAAGAUCCUGGACAAUUGGAUGACCAUCCAGGAGCUGAUGACUCAUGGUACCAAGGCCCCUGAGGGAGCCAAGGUGCACAAUGCCUUCCUAUCAGUCACUACUGUAUAAACAAAAAAACACACAUUCUACCCCAUGCGGUAUAAUAUACUUGCCUCGUUCAAUGUGGCGUUUUUAUGAGGACAAUAGGAAUAUUUUUCACACUUUGUAACCCAAAAAGCAUUUUGUAAAGAAUUUAUCAGUGGUGUCAUUGCAUUUUUUUUCAUUUUCCAGUGUUGUUUUUUCACAUCACUCAGUGGGGAAAAAACUUUUCUAUGAAAUUAUGACUAUAUAAUUAUUUUAUUACUUCGCACUAAACAUGUUUAUCUUUUCAAGCUUUCCAAUUCUAUUUUCAUAUUUAAGUUGUAACCAUAUAACUCAAGAUAGUUGUAUGAGCAUCUUAAGAACAGUUAAGUAUUUUCUUUUGUGUAUUAUGUACACUUUCCAGCUGCAAAACGCAAUGGAUCUGUGGGUCAGAUCUAGUUAUCCUUUAAAGCUGAAAUAAGUCACAGUGUUGUUGAGAGGCAGUUAAAAUUAGGUUUCAGGCUAUCAGUGCAUAGAUAAGAUAAAAUAAAUAAUUAAUAUCACACGUCCAAUCCCAGUCUUAGUACUGUGUAACUUAAGCUCAAGUUGAGUGUAACUAUGGCAAGAAUGUGUUUAAUCCCUAAAACCCACUGAAUUUGAAACAAUUUGUAAUUUUUAAAUGUUCUUUCAUUGGUCAAAUGUUUUUAAGCUAAAAAAAUUGGGAGAUGCAGUUAUGAAAUGUUUAUGUAUUUCAACCACUAAAUUUCCUACUAUUGUUACUGUUAUUAAACACAAACUAUUGUAACAACAAAUGUAUUGCAGCCCUCCCUACUGAAUUAAAGACAACACUGACUGUUACUCUCCACUGAAAGGAAGAAAAAAAAUCCCCUUAAAAGUUUUAUCAUCAACAAUUUUAUAAAAGCAUCUUUUAAAAGUUGGAUACCUCAUUUUACAGUGAAACUCAUGUUCUUUCUGUAAUUUGUGAACUUGAGCCACUUCCCCAACAAAGCUUCAAACAAGGAAAUACAACUUACGAAGCUUCUACACUGACAGGUCAAUGGAUAAGUUACUUUGUGGACACAGAGAAUCCUAUAUGUCGUUUUAUUUUAAGUUUUGUUUUGUUUUUUUUGUUUUUUUGAGACUCUUAAAGUCCCAAGACUCAAAUAUCCAAAAAAAGAGUCCAUAUGUCCUGACUCACUGCCAGUGCUGCGUCUUUGUUUGUGUGGUUUGAAGCUUUGAGUAAAAAAAAAUAUUUUGUAUUCAGUUUUAUUUUGGCUUAAUAUUUUGAGGUUUUUUUUCUACAUAUUCAACAACAGAUGGACCUGCUCAUAUCUUUUACAUACCAGUAUUUUUACAUAAUUUUUAUUCUCCACAUACACCUUUACUCAGCAUAGCCUUAACAGCAAAAACUGAAUCAGUGAUACAUUGGUGUGGCAACCUGAUUUCAUACACAAACAAUAAACUCUGUCUCUGUAUAUCUCUGUGCAGCAGAGAGGUGUUAUUCAGCCUUAUUAAUACAUUGUACAAUUUGAGUUUUUUGUAACUGAGACAUUCACAGAUAUUGUAUAGCUGUUACUGAAUUAUGUUUGCAGUCACAAACUGGUGUUAGGAUGAUUGCCACUGAGCAGGACUCAGAACACAGCAUAUUAGCUCAUGGAAAAACUAAACUGGUGAAAUUAAUGGGUUGCCAUCUAUCAUCAGACAUGGUAGUUCAGUUAUAUGUACAGUAUACUAAUUCCAAAUGCCACAUUUUUAACUGAAAUAUUGUAAAUUUAAAUUUUAAACCAAUCCCUGUAUUUGUUUUGAGUAAAUGUCUGAUGGUCUAAUUUCGAGUAAUGCGUAGUUGGCACAUUUGUAGCCAGGUGAAAUGUGUGAUAAUGGUGAACUUUGCAAAAGA